AUGUCCGACACGGUGUUUCAAAUUGGAUCGUAUGCAACAACGUUUAUUGCCAUGAGAAUUGCCAAGCGCGCAGACGAUGGCAGGAUAGAAUGGUCCGACACUGUCAAGAACGCGGCCGAAGUGCACACAACGUUGGCGGAUUUGCUCACGAUGAACUCUGGGCUUGGCGCGUAUGACGGCGAUAUGCCGUUCAUGCUGGGUAUGUUCAAAACCGAGCGGGAAAUAACCCAACGACUCUUUGACUAG